AAUGGCCCGACAUUUUUUAGGAUAAUGGAAGGCAGUAGCAUUUUACAGCAGAAAGCAGGAAGAAUAUUACAAAAGUACUCUCUUUUGGAGAGAGAAAAACUAGGACAGCAGCUAGAGAAGAUUGAGCAACAUCUUGACUUUGAAAAUGUGUCUCAGGGAGGAAGAGGCUCCAACUUGCAAGUCCCUGGCGGUGCUAGUUUGGUGAAGAACACCAAAAGAGCUAUAGAUGAGAUGGAACCAGUUAUCAUAGAACUUAACCACCUGAAACAGAAAGUAGAAUGCAUUUCGGAAAGUUGCACCAGUCUUGAGAGAGCACUAAUGGGUAAAGAGAGAGAUAAUAGAGAUUUCUUUAAAAGUGUGGUACAAGUGAAGACUAUUAUUUCCGAAAAGGAGAAGAAAAAGAAGAUUCUUGAGAGAGUGAAUAAUUUAUUUUUCUUAAAGGCAGACGAAGAAGAUGCUUUGGAAGGUCCAGUUACAGUUGAGUUUUUUAUUGCUGUUCAGAAACUCCACACUGCAGCCUCAAGGUCGUCGAAACUGGUCAGAGACUCAAACAGUCCCCUUGGACUUGAAUUGUUAGAGUAUUACUCAAAUAGAAAGGGUUUGGUUUUAGAAAAGUGUUAUAGCUUUAUUCGAAUACGGUUCGAAAGUUUACAAGACUUUGAAGUAAGCAACGAAGAACUUACUUUACUUCAGAAAGCUUUUUCUUUUCUGCGUGAACAACCAGCUUUGCUUGACUCGUGUCUUCAGGAAGUGGCGAAUGUUCUACGUGGCAAAACUUUAGAGAACUUUGUGGAAGCGCUGACAAAGGACGGACUAAGCAGCGACUCAAUACAAGAUGUUCAGAGGUAUACAAAUGACAUGCUUGCCUUUAUACAUCAUGCUUUUGCGUCACAGUAUGAGCUUCUAUCUACGAUUUUGGGGUGUGUUCCUUCAACAUUACCGUCGUCUAACAAUGAGCAUGAUACACAAUUAGCAGAUAGAGGAGAUUCAUCAUUCGAAUCGUCAAGUCAUUUUAGCAAUAAUGAUGAAUUGCAAAGAAAAAUUCUCUCAGUCGUCUCGGAGGGACUUUGUCUUCCUUUUCAUCGUCGUUUUGAGAAGGCGUUUAGCUCAAGGAUGACUGUAAUUGUUUUAUUUAAGUUGUCAAAUUUGUUAGAAUUUUAUAGCCAGCUAUUUGAGAAUUUCAUCGGCAAAGAUGGUGCUUUUGUCAGGACAUUACUAGAAUGCAGUGCACAGUCAAUGACUUAUUUCUUUCAGGUUUGGAAGGAAAAAUUUGACGUUGUAUUGGAGAACUUACCUGCAGUUGAUGAAGAGUUGAGUCCACCGUCAUUUGUUUAUCAGUGUACAAGUCGUUUGUCAGAUAUAAUGGAUACACUUGAUAUGAGUCUCCUUUCAGAUGAGAGAAAGGAAGGCCACGCGGAAAGCAUCCUUUCUUUUGUUAUUGAGCAUCUGAAGAACUUUUGCUUUCGAUUGAGCCAACAGUUGGACAGUUUGAAUUCGAAAGUUUUCAUCAUCAAUUGCUUAGAAAGUGUACGAGUCCCUCUAACAAAGUAUAGAUUUGCGGCAACUAAAGUUGAAUCCAUUACGAGAGAGAUUGAUCACCAUUUAGAUCUCUAUGUGGAAGAUGUUACAAAAGCCUCUCUUGAACAAAGUGGCUUAUUAGAGAAAAUAUUACGUCUUGAGUCACUAUCAUUGAAAGAAUCAACAGUUUAUAUCGCGAGUGUUCCAGGCAUGGACGCUGAAUCUAUUGCAAUUGCCCUGAAGAACUUUUACAUGUCGAUUCUUUCUGGGCUUGAAAUUGAAAAACUAUUGAAUCCAUCAUCUUCAGGCAAGCUAUCAAGCACCAGGAUGCGCUCCCGAGUGAAGAUUGCAAUUUCAGAGUCACUUAUUUCUGCAUAUGAUUCUUUGUUCGCAUUAGUGAAUGAUCCAAGCAAUGGAUAUGAGGAAGAUAUUACGAGGAGAAUGGGUGUCGUCGAUACGAGUUAUGUAAGAAUGGCACUCACUACAUAAUGAGCCUGAAGUCAUGUUAUUGUGUCUUAGCCGAGUUUAAUAAUAGGCAUUCUUCUUGUUGGUUUUAAAAUAAGUUGUCGCCAUAGUUCCAGCUUUAGUAUUGAUAGAAAGAGCCAUAGAGAUUUGUGAUUCUCUCAACACAAAGAACAAUCUUGAAUUUUCAGAGGAAAAAUUUGCAAUUUCAUUGAUGGUAAACAUAGUUUCAGAGUCUCUUUUUGGAGUUUGACUGUUCGCUGAAAGCAUAUGCAAAGGCAUUUACGUGAUCUAACGAGAAACCAACCCUUCGACAAAUCUCUUUGACAUGAGAACCCCAAAGAGGACAACAGUGGAACAAUAUCCAAAUUACUAAGUUCUCGCUUGAAGUUUAAAAAGAUACUACUUGUAACAUCUCCCACUAUAGACUCUUAAAAUUCAGCUUUCUCCAUAUUACUGGGUCUAUUUCUGAACAAAAAAACAAAAAAAUAAUACAAUUCAUUCCACUUAUAUUGGACAAUCGCUACGAGUUUUAACAAGACAGAUUAAGAAAAUAACAUAAGAUGCUGUGUAUAGACUUUCUAUGUAGAACGUCUUGUUUUCUUGAGGGCCACAAUUUCAAAAUUUAAA